CUCCACUCUCCACUCUCUCCUUUCAAACAAUACAAAUCCCGCCACCGGAAAUCUCGCCGGAAAAAUGACAUACCUCUUCUUCCUCCUCUUCUUCCUCCUCCUUCUCCACGUCCUCCCCGCCACUCCUUUGAAUGAAGACGCCGGAAUCUUACUCAAAGCCAAAACAGCCCACCUCUCCGAUCCCUACAACCAGCUCAGUGACUGGGCCUCACCGCCCAACAACGUCACCACCACCGUCGAUCCAUGCAGCUGGACCGGCAUUGCCUGCGACCCUCUGACACACGCCGUGACGUCCAUCGACCUCACCGGAUUCAAUCUCUCCGGAACCUUCCCUGCCGGAUUCUGCCAGAUCAGCACCCUCCAGAACCUUUCCCUCGCGUACAACUACAUCAGCGGCACGAUCGCCUCCCAGUCCAUCUCCUCCUGCUCUCAUCUCUACUCUAUCAAUCUCUCCACCAACAUGUUUGUGGGGCCCAUCCCGGACUUCGUGCCCCCCUUCGCCAACCUGCGCACGUUAGACCUCUCCGUGAACAACUUCUCAGGAGAUAUCCCGCCCAGCCUCGGCCUAUUCCCCAAGCUCCAGAUCCUCAGCCUGCAGGGAAAUUUCCUUAACGGCACCAUUCCGUCAUUUCUAACGGACCUAACGGAGCUGGUGGAAUUCCUUCUGGGCUACAAUACUUUCAAGGAAGGACCCCUGCCGUCCAAUAUCGGUAAGUUGACCAAGCUCGAGAAUCUCUGGAUGCCGUACGCCAACCUCGUCGGAGAGAUCCCGCCGUCGAUCGGGAAUCUCACCGCGCUGAAGAACCUUGACAUUUCCCAUAAUCGCCUCUCCGGAGGAAUCCCGUUGAGCAUAGGAGGAUUGAGGAGCGUCGAGAAGAUCCAGCUGUACGCGAAUCAGCUCUCUGGUGAAUUGCCGGAGAGUCUUGGGAAUCUGACUAAUCUCCGCGAGUUUGAUGCGUCGGAGAACGGUCUGACCGGUAAAUUGCCGGAGAAGCUCGCCGGGUUGCAUCUGGUCUUUCUUGGCCUCAAUGAUAACAUGCUUUCCGGCGAGAUUCCGGGAAUUAUAGCCUCGAACCCGAACCUGUCCGUGCUGAAGCUCUUCAACAACAGCUUUUCCGGCAGAAUUCCGUCGGAUCUCGGCCGGAAUUCGGAGCUUGUGUCGGUGGAUUUAUCCAGUAACGGAUUCGAGGGCGAUUUCCCUCCUUCCCUCUGCGAUCGGAAGAAGCUCGAAGAGCUCGUGGCUUUCAAUAACCGAUUCUCUGGCGGAUUGCCAGAAACUUUCGGUGACUGCGGCAGGCUAACGUACGUAAGGAUUUCCAACUCCGGGCUCGCUGGAGAAGUGUCGGGUGGGUUCUGGGGCCUUCCCAGGCUUUACACCCUCGAACUCAGCGGCAACAGAUUCUCCGGAGAGAUAUCUUCGACCAUCGCUGGCGCUCGGAAUCUGACGCGAUUCAUAAUUUCUGGCAAUAAUUUCACUGGCAAAUUCCCCAGGGAGAUCUGCGAAUUGUCCGAGCUCACACUCAUCGACGCCCACAAUAACCGAUUCUCUGGCGAGCUCCCGGCGUGCAUUACUCAGAUCAAGAACCUGGAGAAACUCGAUCUCCAAGAAAACGAAUUUUCAGGCGAGAUUCCGGUCAAUGUCAGCUCGUGGAGGCAACUGACGGAACUGAAUCUGUCGGAAAAUGACUUAUCCGGCGGAAUUCCCGCUCAGCUGGGAGAGCUCCCGGUGAUGACGUACCUGGACCUGUCCGGAAACUCACUCUCCGGGGAGAUCCCGCGGGAUCUGACGAACCUGAAGCUGAACAGCUUCAACCUCUCCGCCAACAACCUCGUCGGAAGAAUCCCCGCCGCCUUCGACACCCGCUUCUUCCUCCCGAGCCUGACCGGAAACCCCCACCUCUGCAGCGAAACCCUAAAAGAGCUCCCACCCUGCCCUAAACCCGCCAAGGCCUUUACCAAGACGGCCAAAACCACCUGGUUUCUCUCAGCGGUUUUGCUGUCGCUCGCCUUCGCUCUGCUAGUAGCGGUUUUCCUGUUCUACAGGCGGAUUUCCAAAAUAGCCCGCAGGAACCGGAAACUGCCCUGGAAGCUGACAUCAUUCCAGCGGCUGGGAUUCAAGGAGGAAGAAAUCUUCGAUUUCCUGAAGGAGGAGAACAAGGUCGGGACCGGCGCUUCCGGUCAGGUGUACCGGGCGAGGCUGAAGAGCGGCCAGACCGUGGCGGUCAAGAAGCUGUACGGCGGACCGGGUAAACCUGAAGCGGAGAUCGGGUUCCGGUCGGAAGUAGAGACGCUGGGGUGCGUGCGGCAUGGCAAUAUCGUAAAAUUGCUGUUUUGCUGUGCGGGCGAGGAAUUCAGGGUUUUGGUGUACGAGUUUAUGGAGAACGGGAGUUUGGGGGAUGUGCUGCAUGGAGAGAAGGGAGGGGUAGUGUUGGGUUGGGAGAGGAGGCGCAGGAUAGCGAUGGGGGCUGCGCAAGGGCUGGCGUAUCUGCACCACGACUGCGUGCCGGCUAUCGUGCACCGGGAUGUGAAGUCGAACAACAUCUUGCUGGACGAGGAGUUCUGCGCCAAGGUGGCUGAUUUUGGGCUGGCGAGGAUGAUGCAGCAGGAGGAUGGUGAUUGGGGCAUGUCCCACGUGGCAGGGUCCUACGGCUACAUUGCGCCGGAAUAUGCGUAUACACUGAAGGUAAACGAGAAGAGUGAUGUAUACAGCUUUGGCGUCGUAUUGCUCGAGCUAGUGACCGGCAAAAGACCCAUUGAUCCGUCCUUUGGAGAGUGCAAAGAUAUAGUGAGGUGGGUAAAUGACGUGAUAGCUGUUCAAGAACAAGGAGCUGAAGAAGCUGAUUUCAGGCAACUGUUAGAUCCAAGGCUCGCCCCGUCUUCUUACAGCUACGAAGAAGUCUUGAGUUUUUUGAAUGUGGCGCUGCUCUGCACUGCUGCAUUCCCCAUGAACCGGCCCUCUAUGCGCAAGGUCGUUGAAUUGCUGCAGGACUGCCGAGGCAGAUGAUAGCAACAAUGGAUUGGAAUUGGGCUGAGUUAGCAGAAGAUAAAUGGAUGCAGGCAAGAAUGGAGUGAGGGGGAGAGAUGGAUGCAUGAAACGUUUCGUUGUGUAAAUUAGGGCCUGUUUGGAUGCACAUUCGAUUGUCGUCCACUGCAAGAGGGUACUACAAUGGUGGGUUUAUGAAAAACCAAUGGGGUUGGUUUUUUGGGUGGGAGUCAAACAGGCUGCAAAACCCUUUUUUCAAUCCGCAACGAGGAUUGUCUUCUCUAAACCCUGGUUUUGAUGGUGCGUCCAAACGGGCCACUUAACAAUUUCAGGGUAAACAGGGUUUUUUUUUUUUUUUUGAAAGUAU